AUGAUAACUAGUUAUGCAAUUCUAGCUAUAAGCGGAAUUUAUACAACUAGAUGAGUGAGAAGGUUAUAUCGUCGCCAGCUGAGAGGUCUCCGGAUAAUUCCUAACUCUCUUCUUUCAUGAAUAAAUAUAAAUUAACUUUAUUUUUAACAUAUUAGCCCAGUAGAUUUCUAGUCUUUUCCUAUAAUUUAAUACUAAUUAUCUGACAGAUAAAUACUUUUUAUAAUGGUUUUACCUCUUAUGAAUUUUAAAGCCUAAAUGAUACUUGUGCAAUUUUAGAAUUUAUAAAGCAUGGAGUUUUUUUAAUAUCUAAAAAAAAUAGAAUACUCAAAUAUAAAUCAUUACGGAUUAGGUGCAUCAUAUUAUGUUUGCUUACAAUUUUUUCAGCUCAUGUGAUGAUGAUUGUUGAUAUUGUCUUUGAUUUAAUUGCAUCAUCUGGAUCUAGAACAUUUUUAUAUGAUUAUGAGCAUGAUUUCUUAUUACCAGUUCUUAAAAAAGCAAUACCAGAGUUGGCUUAUUAUGUAGUGAUUUUAUCAUUUUAUACCAUCGCUGUGACAAUGAUAAAUACCUUUGUCUAUCAGUCAGUUGAAAAUUAUAUUGAAAACUACAAAAGUCAUACAGAAAAAAUCACUUACAUGUGCAUAAAUAUUUUGGUUCAAGGAUUGCUACUAACAAUUGGGUAUAUAAGCUUGCUAAUAUCUUUGGUAAAACUAACUUCAUGAGAUACUUUGGUUUGGGAUGAUUCAGGACUACUCUUUAUCAUUAGCUCAAUUUUGGCAGGAGCGAUGAAAUAUCCUUUGAGAUCAAUUCAAAAAUGAACUGACUAUUUUUUGAAUUCUUAUUCUGUGUUUUUUUCUAUUAGAGUACUAAUUUGGAUUUUCAAAGAAUUAAUAUGAUAA